AUGGCGAGAUUGCAGUCCUAUCAGGAUGCCAUGCAGUUUAUUUCCGAGCUGCAUGAGGCAUGCCAGGCAAUGCGUGGGAUCCCCGGGGUCACCAUUGCCCAGAUAGACGGCUUGUGUCUUGGGGGAGGGUUAGAGCUGGCUGCAGCGUGCGAUUUCCGAUAUGCGACUCGUCGAUCGACGUUCAGCAUGCCGGAAACGAAGUACGGUAUUCCCUCUGUCAUAGAGGCUAGGUUGCUCGCCAAUAUUAUUGGGUGGCAGAAGACCAAGGAGAUGGUCUACUUUGCACAGUCGUAUAGUACCGAAGAGGUUGCGCAAUGGGGUCUUGUGGACCGGAGCUGCGGGACGCCUGAACAGCUCGAGGAGACUGUUUCUGGAGCUGUUGCGACAAUCACUUCAUACGGGCCCCGGACUAUAAGAGAGCAGAAGAGGCUGGUGGCCAUCUGGGAGGAGAGCGAUUUGAUUACAGGCGUGCGAGCUGGGAUCGAUUCUUAUGCGCGCAUGUUCGACGAUGGUGGCUCGGAGCCCAAGCAUUACAUGAAGGCGUUUACCGACCAGAAGAAAUGA